GCCAGCGCUGGCAAUCCAAGCAUUUUUCGACGGGCCCCUUUAGAGCGGCAUCAAAGGCCCCUAAUACGGGGGCUGCAAAUGCUCAUGCGGCCAUGCGUGAAGUGCUGGAAAGGCUCAGCUGACAAUGCAUGCCACCGAUGGUAGAGAGAGGGCGAAGGGACAGAGAGAGAGAGAGAGUGAGUGAGUGAGCGAGCGCAGGCUAUGCAGAUUGACUUGCUUCUUUGUUUAAGCCUUAUUCAGAAGACAUGCGUAGUAUGACGCUGUUUGAGGUGCUCGUGCAUUUUCCAGUGGUGUCAAUUUGCUCCACGAAGGCCUUCGUCUUCAGCACUUGGGCGACUGGGCCGCGGCGCUCAGCGCCUUCCGCGGUGCAGCCCAAAACUCACCGAUGCUGGGGGCGGCCGCCAAUAACGCAGAGGGCCUCUUACUCCUCCGGAGCAGUGUGCCCGUGGCGCAUGGGACUCGGGAGUUACAGCGAGGCGACGUCCUCCUGGCACCCUGGGCUGAAGAUGGUUUCGACUAUGAAGCCAUCCUGGAGGAGAUGGAUGAGGCCAGCGACACCUGCACUGUGGCGUGGUCCGAUGGUGGUCAGACUUGUCGAGUAGUUCCCCGCGCGGCGGUCACGACUCUACAGGGCUUGUCACAUCGGGAUGACAGGGCGACAAGGCUUUGGGCAUCUAGGCGUGCCCUGCGGCGGGCACUGCUGGACUGGCAAGGCCAAGCAGAGGCCGGAGUCGCACAUGAUGCCUUCGUUGACUUCGCAGGUCUUGUUUGCGACUUGGCAGCUGCGGAAAUUCGCAUUGCGCUCAUUUCCUCCUGGCCCGGCUUGGAGCUGGCGCAGAAUUUGUUGAAACGCGGCAGCUUCACUGCCGAGCGGGCGUAUGCACCGGACCCCCGUGCUUUGGCCGCGCUCUAUUCCACCCGAGCAGAGGUGCUACGCUUCAACUCAGGUGCCAACUUGCGAGAGGUGCAGCUUCUGCAUUUGCGCGUAGCUGACCACCUACGUGCUGCAAGUUGGCGUGACAAGCCGCGCUGGGAGAGUCCUGCUGGCCACCUUGGAUGGGAGAUUCUCCACGAGGUGCAAUGGGCCAAAGCAUUAGCCCAGAUGGCAUGGAGUGAGCAGGCGCAGCCCCGUUCCCGACCAAAUGCUUCGACCAAGCGGCGGAAAGCGCAAGUGCCAGCAACAGCAAGCGUAUGGGCACUGCCGGAGAAGCUGCUCCCGCCCACCCCGGGUCUCCCUCGGGGUCCUGACCUGCUUCUACACCACAGCUGUGCGCUGCAGAGUGUCGGCAGAGCCUGGCGCGCCUUGCACUGGGCAGCCCAUAGAGAUGCGCCAAAGAGCCUUCCUUGGACCUACAGUGCUGAGUCAGUGCGGGACUUCGUGGCUACACUGCCUGUGACAGCCGUGCAUGUGAGGCUGCUGCUGGAGGUGGCAAUUCUGGUUUUCGUGAUCGGCUGCAGGUCAGGCCACCCUCGCCGCAGCCGGCAAGUUGCAUUCGAACUGCUGUUAGCUUGUCGCUUGGACCUGGCUUUGAGAGAGGAUGCAGAACUGGUGCAACAUGCAAUGGAAAUUCUCAGUGGCCAGGACCUCUCUGGAAUGGCAAAAGCUCCGACCAAAUUCCAAAGGGUUCGGGACCCCUCGUCUGCCUCGCUGCGACGGCGCUGGCAGGUGGCAGGCUACCGUGCCCAAGACGAGCUGUGGUUGCUCCGAUGCGGUGGUGGACGGCUGGCGACCCUCAGUGCACCAGCACCCUUCAGUUGGGCUAUGGAGGGGGUGGCGCUGGCAGAGACACUACCAGAGCGCUAAGACGCUGCGAGUUCGCUUGGCAGCUUCCCAUAUUCAAACGAAGCCGUAGCAGCGCAGUCAUGUCUGACAGCCGGCUUCCAAGUGGCCUGCAGCGGUCAGGAUGGUUGCCCAAUGCUCACCACCUAGCCAAGCAUUUGAUUUUCCAACCGCUGACCGCUGAGCCCUUUCGUUUGACGUUCGUACGUCUGGCGUUGCCAACAAAAGCGAUGAAUGAUCUUCAGCAGCAGCCCGUGUGGUGUACAUCCUCCAGUUUCGGGGAACGUCAACACCAGAAACACCUCACCACCCACGGAGGCCAAAACUCACAAGAGCAUUCUUCAGGUGUGGUUUGAUGGUGGUUCGCAAUGGUAUCAUGAAAUAUCAUGAAGAGGUUGACCGAGGGGUACGCUCGAAGGAGUCGUUUUGCGGAAACAAACGCCCCCUGCAUGUUGUGUGGACC